UCAGUUAUUGGGCCGGCUGUCCCAGCGUGCAAUGCGCGAGCGGGAGGUUUGGAGUAAUAGGUGCUUCUGGAACAUGGCGAUUUGGCUGCCUUGGAGAACUGUUUCUAUCUCCUGACCCGUCGAGGAUAAUUUGGAUUGAUUAAAGGCCUCAAUUGGAAUCCCUUUGCAUUUGGAACUGGGUCAACACAGAGACUUGAUAUUAGGAUGGCUGGCAACCAAGCCAUGCCACUUAAUGAGCAAGCAAAAUUCUUGUGUUAUAAUGGAGAAGUCCUUGUUUUUCAUUUGUCCAAAGACGAUUUUGAAGAUUGUGAAAUGCCUACAGACACAUCUGCAUUAUAUGUCAAAAGGAUGAUAUUUGACAGAGAAAAAGGAACGUUUGUUCUGAUAUCCACGGGUUUUUUAAGCAUUAAGGAGAAAGCUUCACAUUUAAAAAUUCUGUGUUGUAAAUGUGUGUCAGAUUUCAAAACUAGAAUUAACCUCCCUUGCAUUUUGAUACAAUAUAAAAAGUAUAAUAGUAGAGAUUUCAGAUAUUGUAUACUGUUUCUUCACAAUCUGAAUAAAUUUGAAAAACAUUUGAGUUUUACACUCAAUCAUGCGUUGGACGAGAGCUUAAAGAUCUUUGAUGGUCCUAUAAUUUUUUGGCAAUAUCUCAACAAAUUCUUCUAUAUCUCUUCCCAAAUUGGAGAGGUUACUAACAUAUCAGUUACUCUUUCUUCUGUUGAGUGGGUAGGCGAGAUCGAAAAUUUUGGUGUAGGAUUUUUGGGGCUAGCAGAACCACCUGCGGCUGGUACCCAUAAGUUUUCAGAAUCAGAUUAUGAAUUUUCUGAUUCCAACCUUUGUGCAUAUGAUCUUAAAACUCAACAAAAAUUAAGCACUGGUUACCUUAUCCCUCUUGCUUAUAGUACUAUUGUAACUCACGUGCAUGUCCGUGCUGCUGAAAUGGUCGACAAUCAGCUAAGAAUGGCUCUGAUUGCCCUUACGCAAAAGAAUCAGCUCAUUUUGUUCCAAGAUGGCAUUCCCAUACGAGUAUGCCAGCUUCCAUUUGUAGAUCCUUGUUCAGUUCAAAUUCUCGAUUCCGGUAAGAGAAACAGAUUUUUCAUCGUGUCAUUCAACUCCAAGGCUUGUGCUGUUUCAGAAAAGAAAUUUAAGGUUGUUGCUAAGUGGGAACAACUUAGCUUAGUCUUGAUAAAUGAUUUUGUUGGAGUUGGAACUGACCAACUACUGGUCCUUUUUGAUGCGGCUCUGAACACAGAUCAACUGACUUCAUUUGCUAUAACAGAUUUUGUCAGAAUAAACUUUUCAACUGAACCACUGGAUUGCAUUGAAGACCCUUUUGCUGAAGAGGAACAUGAAAAUUAUUAUUUGGUACUUCCAGCACUGGAAGCACAAUUGGAAGCUUCAUUUGUUUUUCGUAACAAAUUACAGAAGCAUAUCUCACUUAAGGAUAAAUUUAUUGCAAACUCUUGGAAGAUUCUUUUAAACUCAAUUUAUGGGAACAUUGAUAUUACGUCAAAUGAUGAGGAGGACGAGCUUGUUCCAUUCUGUGAUGAAGAUGAAAACAGUAUCCAUACCCCUGAGGAAAAGUUAUCAGAGCAUUUUCAAGAGCCACAACAUAUUGUAAAGCAGACAUGGUGUCGCGUACUAGAUGAUGACUUAGUUAUUGGACUGAAAGUCACAUCUUUGAACCCCUCUUCCAAUGAAAUGACUUUAUCGCUGAUAAUGGAUCAAAGCAACAGGUCCACCUUUCAGCUUCUGAAGUGUCAAAGUCAGGUGACUAGGUUGAGUAUGUAUUCUUUUCCAGAAGCAGACGUGAAGCCAGUGGAAACAGGACCAGAGACAAAAAGGAUCAAGUUGACCUGUGGUAGCAAGGAAGAAGAAAACUCUUGUUGUGAACAAUUAUCUAAGAUAGAAUCUACCCACGUAAUUACUGCUGCCACGUCUCUUUCACCGCUUCUAGUAUUCAACAAACUGUGUUGCACUUUGCUGUUAAAUAUUAGUGACAGAGAUAGCGUUAAAAACACUGUGCAUGAUUAUGUUAUAUGUGGCAGCCUGGAUUUUAAUUUACAAGAUCUUUUUAGUACAAACCACCUACUGGCAUUCCCAAAGAAGCAAUCAAUAGAACAUACGGAAGAUCUUGUAUUGCUUCUUGCAGCAUUGCACAAAUAUUGUUUUCUUGUCACAUCACCUACCCAUGCCCCGAAUCUAAUGAAGAUAUGGCUCUUGAAACACAUGAAAUGUGAAAUAAUCAAUGGAUUUAGAGAAAUAUACCUUUAUAAAAUGCUCCGAAAUUGUGGGGCCCUCUUCUCUUGGGAGCCGAGAACAACAUUUGAAGGAAUUUUAACAGUCUAUUGCAGGAAUGAGGGAGCUUUGUUCCACUGUCUUGACCAACUGAUCAGAGUUCUCCCUGAAAGAUGUUUCUUCAGUUAUCUGAGAUUAGGAAAUGAGGCUUUCCUAAUGGGUCACUGCUUAUCCACUCUGGAAAAGGAACUAGUUACCUUUUGUUCUCUUUCCACUUCUGCCUUCGAGUAUGCUAGAGAUGGAGCUAUGCCUAAGACAAAUGAAACAAAUAGCCCUGCAGCUGCUUCAGAGGAAGAGGACAAGAUCUGUCUGCACAAGCAGGAAGUGCAGAGAGAAAGAAUGAUAAAGGACUUGAAUCUGAAAGUGAAUGGCAGCAGUUAUGUGCAGAUGACUUUGGCUUUAGCUGAGACUCAGCUGAAAUCAGACCUUAUUACAGAGAAACUGGCCAAUUUGUAAUUGCACUUUCAAAAUCUUGUUUUAGGAUAUCCCAGCUAUCAUGAAGUGUUUAAUUUGUUAUCCUUAUUUAAUAUAAAGAUUAAAACUUAUUAUAAUCCCUAGGA